UACAGAUGCCAGUGUACUUCUGCACGCGCACAUUUAUCUUGUGAUUAUUUUGAAAUAUUUACGUCAAAACAUGGCCAAGAACAACAAAAAGAAGAUGUUUGCCCAGCGCCUAGUGUGCUCCCGCAUGAACUUCCUCUACCAGGCGGCCCACCUCAUGGCGGAGGACAGCCACAACACCCUCGGCGCGUACUACGGGAAGCUCUGCCGGAAUGUGGGCACCAAGGCCAUGAUGCACAUGGCUCCGGCGCUGAAGCGUACUCUGUGCAAGCGCUGCUCCCUGCCCCUCAUUCCCGGAGUCAACACGAGCCUGUCGGUGCCACAGGCGAAGGAGCAAACAGCAGCGCCAAAGACGGGCAAGAAGCGCCAUCGCCGGCAACGUAGCAAGAAGCAAGCGGGCCAAAAGACCGAAACACAGCCAAAGGCAAGCACCGUGGACGAGCACACGCUGCUGCAGAUGGAGUGCGCUCUCUGCCAGGGCCGUCGAUGCUUUGUUGUGGACAGCCAGCGAGAGUGCUGGCUCGAGCAGCCGCAGGCCCUGGUCGAGGUGCUCGACAUAGAAGCGGACGAAGGGGAGGGCCAACAGACACAGGCACAAGCACAGUGAUAAGAGCAGACCACU